GGGGCCUGGGUUCGGGGGUUUCCGGAUGACAUCGGAAGGGUUCGGCGGGGUUUCCCGACCUGUGACCCGGGGUCGCGGGUCGUUCUCCGCUCGGUCUCCGUUCAACCAUCACACAUGUGUUCAGAGCUCGAGAGAUAAACAUUGCUUUUACCAAACCUUCUGGAAAGUGCUGUUUUGGGACGGAAUUCAACCAAGCCGGGCUGACUAGGUUCAGAGCUCGAGAGAUAAACAUUGCUUUUACCAAACCUUCUGGAAAGUGCUGUUUUGGGACGGAAUUCAACCAAGCCGGGCUGACUAGGUUCAGGUGAGUCGAGUAUUUAUCUUAACUUAGGUCCCGCGCGGCUUCACUAGCUCAAUUGAUCGAUCAUCUGUGUUCUCAAUCGUGUCUGCACUUUUUACCGUACCUUACCGGUACGUACCGUACGUACCGGUAUUUAUUUUUGUCCGACUCCGAGACCGAGGAGAUUUUAGACUUCUUUCUGAUUCAUGGUAUUCUAGUUUUCUACACUUGGUACGUCAUUUGAAUAUAAUUGAGCUAGGUAGCAUGAGCCUUUGUUUAACUUUUUAAUUUCUAUAUAUUCAGUUUAAUCAUACUUUGAGUUGUUUGUUGUCUGUUUGUUAGUUCUUAAUUUCUAGCGCUACCCCGAGCGCUGCAUGGGGCUACUAGGGUACGGGUACAUGGUACACGUUGGAGCCGACCCUGGCCGCCCACAUGGUUGGCGGGUGCUUGAUGGGUGCCCAGGUCAGGCCAGGAAGCAAGAGUAUGCGCUAUCUACGGAAGAUCGAGAACAACUAACUUUAACGUUAGACCUUUAUUUUAAUUAGCAUUUGACAACCAUUCCAGUCUGUGUGAAUUUAUGUUGGUUAACCCGAAAACAGUAGAAAUAAUGAUAUGUUCUCAAGGUUAGAUCUAACGUUUGUAGGCCUAAAAAUCUCCAGAACAGACCAUUCAUUCAAUCUACCUUUUCUUGAUAACAUUGUCAUGACAUUGUCAUUAGGCUAGCAAAGUACCAAGUCAUACCGGUAGGUCCCCUAACUUCCUAUCCUAGGACCUAGGUCUGCGUAACGUUAAUUCUAACUUCUACAGUAGUCAUAGUAGGCCUACGACCAGGCAAAAAGCAAUGAAUAGGGCCUACCGGUAGAUCUUUUUUUGUAAAAAAAAAUCGUUUUUUUUUAAUCUGAUGGUCAAGAAUCUCACCGUGAAUUAGACAGAGUCAGAGAUUACAAAAAAGUGCAACUUAGAACCCUAACCAACGAAAGUAAGCUAUAAAAAAUUAGAUCUAGGUCUAUUCUUACAUGACUGAUGAUAAUUGAUAGGCCCUGUUACCUGACUAUGACCUCUAUGUAGAUUCUACUAUAUGUAGUCUAGAUCUCUAUAGUAUUUAGGGUCUAGACUAACAUUAACUUUAGGGCCUAGGCCCUAGAUCUAGAUUCUGACAAUAAAGCCUUAAUAUUUACUUAUUCAAAAGAUGACAAAUGGCCAUAAAAUUCAAAUUUAUUGAAAAAUUUAAAGAAUAUAGGCUAGUAUUAAGGCCUACGGCUACGGUAGAUGUAAUGAUUGCUUUGAUCGAUUUAACAUGGUUUUACCUAGACGAUUGUCAUUAUGUUUGUUUUGCUUAGUUGUUGUUUUUUAAGUUUUUGCUAUUUCGUUUAAUGAGUUGUAAAGGAGGUAGAUCUAAAUUAUUCUUAACUUUGCAAGGAGCAGGUUAGAGCGUGAUAGUACAAAUUUAUAAGCUUGGCUAGAUCUGCGUUAUGAACUAUUUUCAAAUUUUGUUUUAUACUGACACAGGCUAUAGGAAUACCUGUGACAUUGAAACCUUUCAUUUCAUGGAGUUAUCUCACAAAACCACACACAAAAAUGGAAUCUCCUGAAAGAGAAAUGGAAGUGCUGGUUCAAUUGCUGAUUUGUUGGUUAUUCUUCUGAGACUUUGCUCCACUAACCAGGCCUGCCACUAACCUCAGUACAGUGGUAAUAGGGGAUGGGGGUGGGCAUCCAAUAGAUCCAAGACCAAGACAAAAAAACGGAAAAAGAAAACAGGAAAUGGCUCAAAUGGAUCAGACGUAUGGUAAUUUUCUGAAUAUUUUGAAAAAUCUGUCACAAAAUUAUAUUUUCAUUUUAGAAAGGUCAAUGUCAAAUAAAAUAAAAUAAAAUAUUUUUGAUCGCUUCACUUGCUCGGGACUUUUAAAGAAAUUAUGUCACAGACGCCCUUUUCCCCUCAAGUUUGUUGGCACUUUACGCCACUGCUCUGUAUCACUUUUGAUAAUUAUUUCCCAGAACAGACAGUCAUCUCUUUCUAUACGGUAAUAUGUUGCCCAUACUGUCAUUACUUUUAUUUACGUUCAAUGAAUUUCAAUUAUUGAAAAUGGAAUAGUUAGGUUGGUGCUGGAUGAUCUAUCUAUGUUUGACACCUUGAUACUUUCAUCUGUUCUGUACCUUGUUCCUCAUGUUUGUUUGUUUUUUCUCCAUAGGGGAUGUCAUGACUAGUAUGUCACAAUCCCCCUUUCAGCUUGUUCCAUGCUCUCCAUGUAUCAGAAGUGAUCUCACUAAUAAACACUCGCCAGCAGUACCUUCUACACCAAAUAUAACCAAUCGAAACCUAGCCGAAAGUCCGCAGAUAGAUAUAACAUCUCGUGGCGUACCAGGUACACCCAUUCCGCCAACGAAUCGUGCACAACAAUCGAAGGAUACACCAUAUAUGGACUCAGGUGAGCAGAUCGUACCACGCGUUGCCACUCCUGUGAACGACGGGUUCAGAAUACCCAACGUAUUCCGCACACCUCAAGAAAGAAGUAAGCCGUCGCCGAGACCUCCGAACUCCACGGAACAAGUUCAAGGGCUGAGACGGGCAAAUCAGCGACGGCGCAUUGUGAACUUGAAUCGGAACACCCCGAACACAACAAGGGAAAUCGAUUUGUUCAAUGGAGAGGAUAUAUUUGAAUAGGUCAUUGCGACGACACAAUCACCGAGAUCAUUAAACUUGAGGUAAAGAAUGAUUAAUAAUGAAUUGUGGCUUGAAGCAUGGAUAAUCACACUAACAAUUCCUUGCUUGGAAGCUUAGAAGACUAACUUUAUUGCACCUCCAUUUUCGUUUCUCUUUCUCUUCCCUAUAUUUCAAAGAAGAUAAUUGUCAGUUUCAGUUUUGACAUAUUUUCUAAUAUGGACUUUGCAAUGGCGCUUUCGGUGUUGAAAUUAAUAUGAUGUAAUAAUGUAAUUAUUAACUUUUUAUGUUAUUUCUAAUUAUUAUUUGCAUUAAUAUAGACUCUUGUAUUUAGAAUUAUAGCUUUGUUUUGUCCAAGGUUCGGGGUUUUUGGGGGGAGGUCUCAUUUUCAGUGUAAUUCUAUAUAUGUUAUUUCAAUUUUUAUAAUUUGAAGUAUCUUGGGUUGGCAUGUAUAAGGUUCGUCUUUUCUUGCCACUGCCCACACUAAUGUUCACUACAAAGUUUAUUGUGUAUUCGUGUUCAUUGUAAUAUAUGUUUACUGAUUGCUUUAUAUGAGUGAAAAUAAAUACGAAUUGAAUUGAUUCAAUAAUAUGCAUGAGCAGCGAUUUCGGGAGGGGGUGCAUAAUUUGAGAUGGAGGGGUCACCCAGCCUGGUCCUCCCUGUCCCCGCGAUCAUCGCCCAUAUUUGUAUGAAAUUGUUCUUACCAUUGCCAUUGACGGUAUUUAAUUCAACUUAUAAUGAUGCUUGCUAGGUAUACAGAUGCCAGAUGUCACAUUAUUUCUUUCUUUAUUUUUCACCUAGAAAUAUAUAGGUGUAUUCCAUAUCUAGCCGGUAGUUUAUGUGUGCCGUGUCGGUGCUUUUGUUAAUGCUUUUCGAAUUACCACCUGAUUCAUGCUAUUAUUGUCGGUUGAUGAUGUCAUCAUGGUUCAAGUGUUUGAGGUUGCACAUUUUAUUAACAACCUUAAAGAAAAUAAUAGCAUUUGAAAAAACAAAGUAAUAUGUCAUACGUUGACCAAGAGUAAUUUGAAUGUGAAUAUCGGCGAAAAUAUGUAAAGAUUAGACUAGGCCUGCAAACGAAAACAAAGAUACAAACUAAAGUACCAAUUAGUUAACAAUAAUUUAAAAUGUUUAGUUGUCCUAGAUACAGAUCAAUAAUUGUUUCUUCUCAUGGAUAGAUUUGUAAGGCAAUGAUACUUCCACUGUCCUCACAUCUUCCUGCAUUUUGUUUACCCCCCCCCCCCCCCCCCCCCCCGAGUAAAAACAUUUCCACUUACAGUUACAAUAGUGCAGUUGAAUAUUACGGAUAUUACUUCAUUCAUGUCGCUUUUUAAAACGAAAUUGAAAGGUGUAGGGGGCUGACAUUACUAAAAAUAAAAAAGAUGGUCAACAUUGCGUUUGAUAUGUUUACUGAAACCACUGAGGGAGGGGCCACACCCCAUCAACUCCUGCGGUUCCGCGGCCCCUGCUACUAUACCGGGAACUCUAGUUUAUAUGAAUUUUGAAAGAAUAUUUAUCCCGAUACAAUGCGACUUUCAGUAUAUGAGGUAUUAGCAUUUGUCACAUUUUAACUAGUAGUAAAUCAAUGUCAAACGUUCACUCAUCACUGCAAUCAAAUUUCUCAAUUCUUUUUUUUUUUAAAUAUAUGUAGAUAAUACAAAAUUCUUUAUCAUUCUGAGAAUACCUACCAUGAAGGAAGAAUAAAGUUCAAUGCUCUAUUGAUUCUUAAAGGGAUGGUCCGGGCUGAAAAUAUUUAUAUCUUAAUACAUUGAGUAGAAUUCACUGAGCAAAAUA